AUGGAAGACUUACUCUUCCAAGACCAGGAUUUCUCUUCUGAACUGCUAAGGCAGCUUAAUGUUUUACGGCAAAACAGAAUCCUAACGGACGUCAUUCUGUGCACAAGUGACAUUGAAAUCCCUUGCCACAGGAAUGUGCUUGCUUCCAGCAGCCCUUACUUCAAGGCAAUGUUUUGCAACAACUUCAUAGAGAGUUGUCAGGAAAAAGUCAACCUCCAAGGUAUCGACUCAGACAUUCUUCAUUGGAUCAUCAAUUACGUCUACACAGGAGAGAUUCUCAUAACAGCGGAGAACGUUUUGUACCUAAUGGAGACUGCUUCCAUGCUCCAAUAUGCACGACUAUUUGAGGCCUCUUCGGCCUACCUCCAGAACCACCUCACACCAGAUAACUGCCUCAGCAUGAUUAGGAUCUCAGAAAACUUACACUGUGAAAAUCUCAACAAGAAAGCGAAAGCAAUGGCUCUGAAGCAUUUCGCUGAAGUAGCCACUUCUGAGGACCUGAAAGAACUUUGCGCCUUGGAAUUGUUGAACUAUCUGGGAGACGACGAGCUCUGUGGAGAGGAAGAACAGGUCUUUGAGGCCCUCAUGGCCUGGGUUCGGCAUGAUGUCCAAACACGCCAAGGCUACAUCCAAGACUUGUUCAAGAAGGUAAGGAUUCAGUAUGUCCACCCUACCUUCUUCUUCCACUUCAUUGCCAAUGACUCACUCAUUCAGUCAUCACCUGCUUGUCAAAGUAUCCUGGAACUGGCAAGUAAGCAGAUGUUUUCUUUGUACAGCACCAGCGCUCCUGACGUCAAGCCCAUGUGGCACGUUCCACGGCGAUAUUCAUACCGAGAAUUCCUCAUCCUCGUCGGUGGUCAGAAGGACAACCAGCAGACCAUGAGAGAUGUAUUGCUGUAUGAUGAGAAGAUGAACCACUGGAUGACCCUUGCCAAAUACCCAACACAUCUCUAUAAGGCCUCUGCGGUGAGCUUGCACAGUAACGUGUAUCUCCUUGGGGGCAUCCUCAUUGGCAAUGGAAAGGGACAAGUUAGUGACAAUGUUUACAUCUUCUCACUUAAACUUAAUCAGUGGCGGUUGGUAGAACCCAUGCUGGUUCCACGCUAUUCCCACAGGAGUGUUGCCUAUAAAAACUACAUUUUUGCCAUUGGAGGUAUUGGGCAGAACCAGGACAUCCUAAAUUGCAUGGAAAGGUAUGACAGCAUCUACAACGUCUGGGAACAUAUGGCAAAUAUGCCUGUUGCUGUUCUUCAUCCGGCGGUGUCUGCUAAAGACCAAAGAAUCUACCUUUUCGGAGGAGAGGAUAUUAUGCAAAAUCCUGUCCGGCUAGUACAGGUGUACCAUGUGUCUCGGAACAUGUGGUUCCGAAUGGAGACUCGAAUGGUGAAGAAUGUUUGCGCACCAGCAGCUGUGAUUGGAGACCGGAUUUUCAUUGCUGGAGGGUACACCCGGCGAGUCAUUGCUUACGAUACCAAGGCCAAUAAAUUUGUGAAGUGUGCAGACAUGAAGGACAGGAGGAUGCAUCACGGCGUGGCAGUGAUCAAUGAGAAACUGUAUUUGACAGGAGGCCGAUGCCUCAGCAGCGACAAUGCUAUCGAAGACUCUGACUCACUUGAGUGUUACGACCCCAAGACAGACACCUGGGCUUCAAAGGGGAAACUGCCACACAAGCUGUUUGACCAUGGCUGCCUUGCCCUCCAAUGUGUCCCCUACUCCAACCUCUUGUGGGAGGAGGACUGAG